AUGUCUUCAACCACCGGAGUCCCUGAACCAGGAUCUGAAGUUACAGUUCUCAUAACGACGUUCAAUAUGAAUCCCCAUUGUGUCCUUCUGGAGUUCUGGGGUAACUUAAGACCUGAAAGGAAAGGAGACUAUCUGUCCUUGCAGAAAGCCAUCCAGUCACCGAGAAAUGUAUUUCGUGAGUUUGAAGGAAAUGCCAAUGACCAAUGCUUAGUCCAGGUGGAAGAUACAUGGUAUAGGUCACGCAUAUUGUCAAGAGAUGGCUUCAAUUAUGCUGUGUUUCUUAUUGACAAAGGGUUUACUUGUAAUUCCACCACAAACAUGCUGGCAUGGGGAGAAAAAGAGUAUUUCCACCUUCCACCUGAAGUAGAGUUCUGUGUGCUUUCUAACAUACUACCCCUCUCACCUGAUGGUAAGUGGUCUCCAAUGGCAGUAGAAUUUCUAAAAUCGCUUUGUGGGAAGUCUGUGAAGUCAUUGGUCCAAGAUGUGCUGUUACCCAACAGAAUAGUUCUCCUACACAUCCCCAGCAUAUCUCAACAAAUGUAUGAGGUGGGAUUCGCCAAGGAGCUGUGCCCUGACCGCUUCAAAGACUAUGUGCUUAGAUCACUGCAGUCCCACAGAAAUGCACCUCAGGUAAUUGGUGAAAAACAACUGCAUUUCAUGUACCCAGAACUGCCAGUUGGAACUGUGGAGACGGUCGUCAUUACAGAAGUGACAAACCCUUUGCGGGUUUUCUGCCAGUUAAAGGUUUUCUCUCAAGAGCUGAGGAAACUCACAGACCAGAUCACACAGCACUAUGAGGGCAGGCUGGCGUUGUGUCCCGCAUGUUCUAGAGUACUUGGAUCUCCAUGCGCUUCAAGAGGAAGUGAUGGUCGGUGGUACCGGUCUGUGUUACAGCAGGUCUUACCUGCUGACAAUGUGGUUGAAGUACUAAACAUUGACUAUGGAAAAAAACAGUUUGUUCAAGUAGAGAAUGUAAGACAGCUGGCUACAGAAUUCUUCCGUUUACCGGUGGUAACGUAUAUCUGUUCCCUCCAUGGCAUCAUUGACAAAGGGGUGGGAUGGACAGCAGCCCAGAUAGAGUAUCUCAAGUCCCUGCUCCAGUACAAAACUAUGAUCGCCAAAUUUGAGUACCAAAGCCUCUCUGAGGGUGUUUAUUAUGUCACGUUCUUCCGGGAAGGUUGUGCCAACAUUAACAAUUUGUUUGGCACCAAUGAGAGGUGCUUGCUGGUAUGUGAAAACUCCGCUACAGAUGAUGCAUUCUGUCGCACUUUGUGUGGACUCCAGCAUCCAGUUCAACAAGAAAGUCAAAGAAAUGGAUCAACUGAUACACAGGCUGUUCAAGACACGGGAAGGAAACAAAUUCGGGAGAAGUUGCCAAUAGAGGACCUGCCUAUCCACUCCUCGCAUGCAGCAGUUGUGAAGUGUGUGUGUAGCCCUUCAGAGUUCUGGAUUCAGACACAGAAGUAUAUAGGGGAGUUUGAUGAACUGAUGGAUAGCAUCUCUGAUCUCUACAUGAAUUCUGUCGGUCACAUAGAGAGAAAUCUAACUGUUGGUCUCUACUGUGCAGCCAAGGCACUAGAUGGUGUUUUUCACAGAGCAGUUGUUUCUGAGAUCAGUGAGGACCAAAUAAAAGUGUUACUUGUGGAUUAUGGAAACACUGAACUGAUACAUAAGAGCAAUGUCAGGGCUCUUCCUGACAAGUUCAGAGAGUUGCCCCAGCUUGCCUUUAAAUGCAGGCUGGCUGGUGUCAAGCCAAAAGGUGAGUCAUGGAGCCAUAAUGCCAUCGACUUUUUUAGCAAAGCAGUCAUUGCUAAAGCCCUGAAUGUACAUGUGACUGCUAAGUGUGAUGAUUUCUAUGUUGUUGAGCUCAUAGUCUUUUCAGCACAGGGAGAGAGGGAUGUCAGUAAGAUGAUGUGUAGGUCUGGCUAUGCUGAGAGGGAUGAAGUGCAGAAAAGUGUACAAUCCAAGAUGAUGAUGCCCUCUGCUGAUAUCCCUCUAGCAAUAAAUCCAAGUGAUUCCUGUACAAAUGAAGGCAGAGCUGCUGUCUUUAAGGAACACAUGUUUCCGAUAGGAAGUACAAUUAAUGUCAAAGUGUCCUACAUUGAAAGCCCUAAUGACUUCUGGUGCCAGCUAAUACAAAAUAAAGUGCAUCUGAGACUGCUCAUGAAAGCAAUGCAGACAUACUACGCUGACAGCCACUUUAAACCUUUUAUGGAAACGGCAUGUGUUGCUCGCGAUCCGGAUAAUGGAACGUGGUACAGAGCUCUUGUAAUUAGGAAACAUGUGACAGCUCAUGCAGACGUGCUCUUCGUUGACUAUGGCCAAACAAAGACUGUGCUCCUGCAAGAUCUAAGGAAGAUCAGCCCAGCAUUCCUGAAUAUGAAAGGUCAGGCUUUUCGAUGUAGACUCUACAACCCUGUUGACCCAUCAAUCAUGAAAGAAUGGAAUGAGGAAGCAACAGCCAGGUUCCAGGAAUUUGUGGAUAAUGCUGCAACUAACGGUAUUAUUUUAAAGUGUACCAUAUAUGCUGUCAUGUCCAAUUCGGAAAAGGUUGUGUUCAAUGUCGUGAAUCUAGAAAGUCCCUUUGAAAGCGUCUGCACCCAUAUUGUCCACCUUGCCAAGAGUACACCCCCGAAGAAAGCCUCUGGUCCUUCCCUCCAUUUGGAUACAUACUACUAUUCAACUCACAACAUCAAGACUGGGAUGGAGGAAAUGGUUACUGUCACAUGUGUCAACGGCAUCAAUAAGUUCUUUUGUCAGCUGCAGCGGAAUAUGGAUGUCAUGGAGGAGCUCAGGACAAAAUUAAAUGCAUUAUGUAAUUCACUAAAGAAGGAUAGGCUCCCCACAACUUUUGGAUCUAUGUGCCUUGCAAAGUACACAGAUGGAUGUUGGUACAGGGGGCAGAUCAAUGCUAUAGAGCCAUCAGUCUUGGUCCAUUUUGUGGAUUAUGGCGAUACACUUGAAGUUGACAUGUUGGACCUGCUUCCGGUUCCCAGAGAGACUAGAGAAAUCACGGCUGUACCUGUGCAAGCUGUCCAGUGUGGUCUCUCGGAUAUCCCUACAUGUGUUCCAGAUGAAGUUGAAGUAAACAGUUGGUUUGAGACUAAUGUGAUGGACAAAGUAUUCAAAGCAGUAGUGGUGGCCAAAGAACCUGAUGGUAAACUGCUAGUAGAGUUAUACUAUGGUAAAACUCAAGUAAACUCCAAGAUCAAAGAGAAGUUUCACAUUGGGAUGCACAGAAAAGAGCAGGACAUUUGCCAGAAAAGGAAAGCACUUGAGGACUCCACCAGUCACACACAAAAGGCUCCUAAGGCUGUUCCAACACUAGCUAUGGAGAUGAAAGAUGACAAUGCAUCUCCAUGGCCUGCUCCAAAGCCAGUGUGUGCAGUUGAUGAAAAUGAUCAGAGGGUCAGGGAUCCUACUUUUGAACUGUACAGAACUCUGCAUCACAGGCAAUCAUCUGUUGUGAAACCAAGUACUAUGAGAAAUAGCCCUGGCCCAACAACAGCUCAUACCAACCAAGUAAAACAGAAUGUGCUCACAGAACUCCAAAAGCCUCUGACAAACCAGUUACCAUACAAAGAAUCUGAGGAUAAAGGCAGUUACGACCAUGAACCCAAGAUUGAAGUCUUCCCUAAAAUAACAGAACUGCCUUCAAAGCCCAUAACGUCAGGUAUGGAAGCAAAUGUUUUUGUUUCUUAUUGCAACAGCCCACUGAGUUUCUAUGUGCAGUUAGUCAAUGAAGAGGAUGAUAUAUUUUCCAUUGUAGAAAAACUGAAUGACAGACAAUCAACCUCUGAAACCAUUGACAUUAAAGACCUUCAUCCCUGUGACCUCGUUGAAGCAGAGUUCACAGAAGAUUCUUCAUGGUAUCGUGCAGUUGUAAGAGAAACCCAUGGAACUGGAACUGCUACUGUUGAGUUUAUUGACUUUGGAAAUACAGCAGUGUUGUCAAGCUCCAAGAUCCGCAGACUUGAUAAAGCUUUCCUGCAGUUUCCCAGCUACAGCACACACUGUCUACUGAGUAAAGCUGCUGCAGCUGGAAAAGACGUGGCACUGGAUCCAGCUGUUGUAUCCACUUUCAAGGAAAAUGUUGGCAGUAACGGAGACAAAGAGCUCAAGUGCAGAUUCAUCAAGCAGUCAGGGUUGAUUUGGGAAGUCAGCCUUGAGGAUUGUGACAUUAGUAUUACAAGCAAAAAAGCUCCCAGAGAUUCAACUGCCUUUUCACAGAAAUCUAAGCAAGAGGAUGAAAAGUCUGGCCAGGGCUUCUCCUCAAGAGAGGCACCAUCUAAGGUCUCAAAAAUAAAUGCCCUGCCUCUGCGUUAUCACAGAUUGUGCUUGUCUAAAGGAGAAAAGUUAGCUGCUUAUGUCACAGCCGUAAACGGGCCCUGGUCCUUUUGGUGUCAGUCUGCUGACACUAAUGAACUUGAUAAGAUAACAGAAGGUGUCUCAGAAAUAGGGAGUGCAGUACAGGAUAUACCUUUUGAUACAAAUUCACUCUUUCCUGGUAGUCCAUGUUUAGCUCUUUUUGCAGAUGAUGGGGAGUGGUAUCGUGCUGAGGUCAUUGGAAAAGAUGGAGAAAUGCUAUCUGUUCUUUUUGUGGACUAUGGAAAUGAGUCUCAGGUCUGUACUGAGAAUGUUAGGGAAAUACCAGCUGUACUGGUUGAAACCUCUCCCCAGGCAUUUUUAUGCGAACUUGAAGGGUUUGAUGCAUCACUUGGCCUCUGGAAUGAUGGCGCCACAGAUGAGAUAUCGAGACUCCUGAUGGAUAAGCUGUUGCAGCUAACGAUUCAAAGAAUAUCAAGAAAUGAAGAGGGUGAGACAAAGUACUUUGUUAAGGAAGAAUGUGAAGGCCAACUAUUAAAUGACAUCCUAAAAGCAUACUAUGAGGCCUCCCAAACAGAAAUCAAACCUGACACCACUGGAGUGUUAAUAUCAACAUCUUCAUGUGAUUCAACCUUAAAAGAAGAAGCAGUGCCUCUGCAGCCUUUACCAAAGAAUCCUGAAAAUCCCAUAUACCGAGAAGUAGAUGGUUCUUUGGCUUUCAUUGAGGCUGAGAAAGGUCAUGGAGAAGAGCAGCAAGCUUGUUUCAAGCAGCAUGGCGAGUCAGUUGUCUUUAGUGCUAUAGAUGAAGCCUCUGCACUGACGGGUGUAGCUGUUAGUACAGAGGCAGUGAAGAAUAGCUAUGAAUCGAAUGGAUCUGUCCAGUCUGAGUCUUUUGCUGAUGAACAACUUGAAGAGAGAGACAAGAAUCCCGAAGAAGCUCUUGCUCCAAGUAUGAACCGAACUCAGAAAACAUCUGAAAAGCUCUUUCCGUUAUCUGAAGCUAUGCCUGACAGUGCAGAAUUUAUUACUACCACUUCAGACAAAUAUGUGGAUAAAGAAUUCAAAUCUGUUAUUACCAAGAUGGAGGUUCAUUCUGAAGACUUGGCUACAGUCAUCGAGGACAAGUCUGACCUCACCCCAGAAGCUUAUGACCCUACUGAACAGGAAGCGGAGACUGGGGUAGCCGCCAUUCAGGAGAAAGCUCUAAGCAUGCCCAAACAUAAGGAUGAUGAGCCUGAAGAUGUGACCAGCCUUACUGAAAAGGCAUGCUCUGCAGAAGUCUGCAUUGACCCCAUGAUUGAAGCUGAAUUGGUGAUCAGUGAGCAGCCUGUGCACACAGCCCCCAGUCAGAAUAUGGAGAGCAGCUUGUUGAAUUUAAUGCUGCUGACCAUUUUCCAGGAUUUAGCGGAUGAUGUGUUUGAGGAAGGGGGCUCCUAUUAUGCUGAAGACGGAUUUGGUAAGUGA